GGAAGAUGAAAGAAACGGGGAUCCGUGGCGAAUAUUCGACGACCCGUUCAAUAUCCUUUCCGGUCAAUCUGAAGCCGAAGAUCAUGAAGACAGACCUGUGCGACCGAGCUUUGUAGAUGAGAGCGAAGAUACACUUCACGCACAUGAUCAGGA